AUGCAGCCCCAGGCGCCUCUCGGACACCCAACACCCGAGGGAAAAGGCAGUCAGAGCUCAGUCCUCCCGCCCGCCCCUGGUGGACUGAGCUGUAACCGCUGGGCCUCCUCCUCCGCUCAGUUCUGCCCUUUCCUACGGAAGCAGAAUCCUGACUUGGCCCACGGACGCCCGUGUGUCCUGCCCGAGGGCCCAGCGUGUCCUGCCCGAGGGCGCCUGCGUGUCCUGCCCAAGGGCCCAGCGUGUCCUGCCCGAGGGCCCAGCGUGUCCUGCCCGAGGGCGCCCGCGUGUCCUGCCCGAGGGCCCAGCGUGUCCUGCCCGAGGGCCCAGCGUGUCCUGCCCGAGGGCGCCCGCGUGUCCUGCCCGAGGGCGCCCGCGUGUCCUGCCCGAGGGCCCAGCGUGUCCUGCCUGAGGGCGCCCGCGUGUCCUGCCCGAGGGCGCCCGCGUGUCCUGCCCGAGGGCCCAGCGUGUCCUGCCCGAGGGCGCCCGCGUGUCCUGCCCGAGGGCGCCCGCGUGUCCUGCCCGAGGGCCCAGCGUGUCCUGCCCGAGGGCGCCCGCGUGUCCUGCCUGAGGGCCCAGCGUGUCCUGCCCGAGGGUGCCCGCGUGUCCUGCUGGCUGACAUGGUCGGUGGCGGCCCCAGCAGGUCCGCUCGGGUGAGACCAGGACCCGGCGGUGCGCGUGGUGUCCGGGUCCUGCGGGACAAGGCGUGUGAGGAGGGCUCUGGACAGGCCGCGCCGGUGGGACCUGUCAGCCCUGCCAGGCGCUGGCACGCUCCGCAUGGGUUUGCCGUGAGCAUUAGAGAGUCAGCACCUUGAGAGCCACAGUUUAGCGUUUGCCACGGUCACAAGCUCCCCGUUUUGCUGCUGGUCCCUGAGGUUGGUGGCCAUUAGUUAAACCAGGAGGCGUGGCCUGUCCCGCUGUGACCAUCCUGACGGAUCACAGGUCCGUCUUCUCAGCAGAUGCACCUGGGACCUUCAACUCACCGGGAGCCAGGCUUCCAGGUGGGCCAACAGCCGCUCGGCACCUCGGGUGCCAGUGUCCUGCUCUGGUCACGCGGCAGAGUGGCUGGGCCACCCAGGGCGUCAGGCGAGGAGGUCGGGCCUGAGGAGGAAGCCCCGAGGGCGGUGCUGUCCAGCGGGUGAGGGCAAGAGGAGGCGGGUGUCUCCCUUUCACCUGCUGGGUUACAGCACAAGGAGGCCCUGAGGACAGACUACGUGCUGCCGGGCAUCCUGGCAAGGCAACACUUGAUCUGGGUCUGAAAGCUAAAUAAAGAAUUUGUAAGCUU